GCAGGUGAAAUCCGGGUGUCCAAGAAGUGUGUGUGCAUGGCCCGGGAAGGGGGGCUGGGCGCCCCUCCCUCCUGCCCCCAGGCUUGCUGGGGCUGUGCCCUUUGACCCCAUGAGCUGUGUGUGACCUUUAACCCUGUGGCUGACCCCAGAUUGACCUAUCACCUCUUGGCCCCACUUUGACUCUCCAGGACCUUUCCGUGACCCCACCCAAAUAACCUUUCACCCCACGAGCUGGAGCUGCCAUGUCACCUCUGCGUGACCUCCUGACCCCCCUCCCCGUUGAUCCUUCCACACCCCCAGGGAGCAUCUUCUUACCCCCAUCCCAUUUGGGCUGUGACCUUUGACCCCUGCAACCCCUUCUCCCUGCUCCAGAGAAACCAGCAGUCCGGGGCUGUACUUGCUGUCUCCUAGCCCCGCUCAUGAACUACUUUUCCCAUCAGCCCUUACGAGGCGGAGGAAACGUUGUAUGCCCAUCCCUUCCUCGGACUACAUUUCCCAUGAGCCCCUGCAGUGCCUCGCCACGAUUCCUGCUGGAAGACGCAGUCCGGCUCCGACCCCGCCUCCUAUUGGCUAUUAACGGGGAAGCCAGUGCCGCCCCGCCCUUACUGCCGUCCCUGGUUCUCCGUUGGCUGGCGCUGCGCGCCUGCGCUCUACCGUCCUCGGUGUCCUAAGGUGCCCCCGGUGCUGCGCCUGCGUUCCUGUCGCGCAGGCGCAGUGUGACUCAGCCCCCUGCGGCUGCGCGGUGCGACAAUCUACUGCUCCCUCCCCCGCGGCAGCAGGUGGUUUCGUCCGGCCCAGCUACUGGCGGUGAGGGGGCCGCCGCACGUACCACCCCGCUCCUUUGCAGGGGGGAGGGAUUCCCAGACGCCUGGGUGCUUUUCGGGCUUAGCGGGGGAAAGAGGCCCGGACGCCUCGGUCCUGCAUGGUGUGCGAGCGCGCGGGGCCAUGCUGCGGCUGGCUCUGGGGAGGGCGGCGCCGGGGGCCCCGGCCCGCUGCCGCCUGCGCCCCGGCCUGCGGCCCCGCUCCACCUCGCCCAUGGACCAGCACCAGCUGGAGCUGGCCCGCGAGCGCUCCAAGACCGUCACCUCCUUCUACAACCAGUCGGCCAUCGACGCCGCCGCCGAGAAGCCCUCCGUCAGGCUGACGCCCACCACGAUGCUGUACUCGGGGCGGUCGCAGGACGGCAGCCACCUGCUGAAGAGCGCCCGGUACCUGCACCACGAGCUGCCCGUGCGCAUCGCCCACCGCAUCAAGGGCUUCCGCAGCCUCCCCUUCAUCAUCGGCUGCAACCCCACCAUCCUGCACGUGCACGAGCUCUACAUCCGCGCCUUCCAGAAACUCAGUGAGUUCCCCCCGAUCAAGGACCAGGAGGAGGAGGCACGGUACUGCCAACUGGUGCGUCAGCUCCUGGACGACCACAAGGACGUGGUGACGCUGCUGGCCGAGGGGCUGCGGGAGUGUCGGCGCCACAUCCAGGACGAGCGCCUGAUCCGGCUCUUCCUGGACAAGACGCUGACGUCACGCCUGGGCAUCCGCAUGCUGGCCACCCACCACCUGGCCCUGCACGAGGACAAGCCGGACUUUGUCGGCAUCAUCUGCACCCGCCUCUCGCCCAAGAAGAUCAUCGAGAAGUGGGUCGACUUCGCCAGACGCCUGUGCGAGCACAAGUACGGCAAUGCGCCGCAGGUGCGGGUGAACGGGCACGUGGCCGCGCGCUUCCCCUUCAUCCCCAUGCCCCUGGACUACAUCCUGCCCGAGCUGCUCAAGAACGCCAUGAGGGCCACCAUGGAGUCGCACCUGGACACGCCCUACAACGUGCCCGACAUUGUCAUCACCAUCGCCAACAACGACAUUGACCUCAUCAUCCGGAUCUCGGACCGCGGCGGGGGCAUCCCCCACGACCUGGUGGAGCGCGUGACCGACUACCACUUCACCACGGCCGAGAGCAGCGCCCAGGACCCGCGGCUCUGCGGCCUCUUCAGCAACAUGGUGGACAUGUCCAACAGCGGGCAGUCGGGGCCCAUGCAUGGGUUCGGGUUCGGGCUGCCGACGUCGCGGGCCUACGCCGAGUACCUGGGGGGGUCCCUGUGCCUCCAGUCCUUGCAGGGCAUCGGCACCGACGUCUACCUGCGCCUGCGCCACAUCGACGGCAGGGAGGAGAGCUUCCGCAUCUAGGGUCGCCGCCUGCCUGGCUUCCCUCCCGCUCCGCUCGGGGCGCGCUUGGCAGCCUCGGAGGCCUUGGCCGGGGCCUGGGAGGUCACUUCCCGGGUGGAGGACCCCACUUCCUGUGCGGGGGAGCCUCACGUCCUGCCUGGAGUGGCCCUGCUUCCUGCCCUGGUUGAGCCCUCGUUUCCUGUUUGCGUACCCCCGGUUCCUGUGGGGGGCGCCUCCCUUCCUCUCUGGAGCACCCCACUUCGUCCUCGUGCACACCCCUUGUUUCCUCGUCUGCCUAUCCCGCACUUCCUGCCUGGCGGGCCUGUGUUUCCCGGCCUGGUCGACCACUUCCUGUCUGUGGACACCCCACCUCUUGUCCUGGUUGACCCCUGUCCCCACUUCCUGUCAUAGCCAACCCCCACUUCCUGCCUGGAGGACCUGUAUUUCCUGUCCUGCUCAACCACUUCCUGUCCCAGUCUUUCGUUCUUCCCUCCCCCAUGCACACUUGCUUCCUGUCUCCCCCCCCCGUUUUUUCCCCCCCACUUCUUGUCCUCAUCACCACUCCCCAUCAACUGAGCGGACCCCCCCAGGACGGCAGUGGGGGGAUGGCUUCGGAUGACCCGCGUGGCCCUGCCCCUCUGGUAGGGUGGGGAAGACUUUGAUCUUCGCACAUGUCCUGCCCCCACCCCCCAUGGACUAUAUUUGGGAUUCUCCCAGGUGGCUUUGCGGCGGGGAGAGGAUCGGAUUCCCGUUGGACUCGUUGUAUUUCACUACCAUUAUUAAACAUGCAAAUUUG